GAGAGACACGCAAACUCCAAAUAUACAGCAGGCGUCUGGGUCGGGAUCGAACCCACGAAUUCCUGCAUACCAGACGAGUGAAAUAACAUCUCCCCACCGCGGUGCCCCUCUCGCCACAACCAAAUUUAGUUCCAGUGCUCAGUAAGGAGGAUAAAAAAACACUCAACGAGAGAAUGCCGCCUCUGCUGGGAUGUGGGGCGCGACUGGGCGGCGUCUGAGCGUGUCCCGCGAUUGCCGUGACCCUGAUAGACAAUGCCCCCCCACCCCCGCCGUGACAAACCCGACGAAGUAUCUUUAGUUUACGCAUCAGUCACACGACGUUGUAGGAGUGCAUCGUUUCAACAGUGUCGGUUCAAACUGGACCUGCAUCACCGAUGCUGGUGAACUCACCAUGACAAGGGAUGCAGCUGCGUGGGGAGCGAUGCAGCGCGCUGCGCUCCGAACCCGGCGACCCGAAUUCGAUUCCCGCUCACGGCCAACACCAGUGGCGAAUACUGAACAGGUUCUGGUCCUCUCCUAGGUGGACUCUGCCUCAAAUGAGUACCUGGUUCAUAGGUGCUCGCUUACAGCACUUGCCCCAACAGUCAAAAUUUAAAUCAAAAUUUAAGUCUGUUAAGGGUAUACGGGGAAUCUUUGUAUGUUGUACUGUAUGAGAAAUAUGCAUGUUUAUGGUAUUUGUAUGUAUAUCAGCACGGCUGGCUGUAUACGGUGCGAAAUAAGUUCACCAUACAUACGGUCGACUCGGCCUCGUAGCUAGUGCAGUGUGUAAACAUCGCGAGCACUGGGGGAGACCGCCAAGCAGGGCGUGGUGCUGGCCACCCACCCCCUCGUGUGCCGCAGUGCCGGCUCUCAUCGGGUGCUGCUACUCAUUGAGGUUACACGGAGGUGCGGGGGUGGGGAUCUUUGUCUUUAUUAUGCAUCUCUGAGCAGCGGCGUAAGCAUGGCGCGGUUCCUCCGGAACGAGGGACGAGAUGAGAAGGAAAUGAGGAAACUCGCCAUUUGGUGAAGGAGGCGCUUCCAGCGCUCCCCCGCCCCGGGGAGAGGCAGCGAGGGAGUGGCGAGUGGUCGCAGGGAGCUGGGAACUAGUCGCGGGGAGUUAGCUGGUUGCAGGGAACUGGUCUCCGAUUAGCUCGUCGCCAUGGACAAGAUGAACAGCCUGGCGCAGUUCCUGCGCGCGAACAGCAUCUCGCUGGUGAACGGCGGCAUCGCGCUGACGACGUUGGGCGGGCAGCAGCUCUUCUCGCUGCUCGCCUACAACUGCCCCUGCGCCGUCACCGCCAACUACGCGUACGGGGUGGUCGCCAUCGGGGUGCCCGCCCUGCUGCUGCUCGCGCUCGGCUGGGCGCUCAACCCCACCGCGUGGCUCCUGCUGGGCGACUGCUGCCGCCGCAGCCGCGGCUCCGCACCCACCCCGCUGUGCGCCCUGCUCGGAGCCCUGCUCGGCGUGGCGACCCGCGCUGCCGUGGCCCCGCUCACGUGGAUCGCCGUGUCGCUGCUGUCGGGCGACUUCUACGUGUGCGCCGCCAGCGAGUUCAGGAGUCCCGGGGAGUUCGUGCGCGGUGGCGUGCGCGGCGGCGUGGCGGUCACUCCAAGCCGCGACGCGCCGCGCCACGACUUGGCCGCAGUGCCCUGCAAGGGGGAGCCGCUCGGACUGAACCUGGCCCCGGGCUUCUCUCGGGACGCGAUGCUCAGGCAACUCAAGUACGAGUCCCAGCUCAUGGGCUGGAUCUUGAUUGGGAGCGCAGGACUCAUCCUCUUCUUCAGCAUGUGUGUCCGAGCGUGCAUCUCUCCCAUGGGCCACCUGCAGGCCACCUACCUGUCGCAGUACCUGGACCACGAGGCCCGGCUCUUUGAGCAGACCUCCGAGGUGCAUGCCCGAAGCGUCGCGGCCAACAACGUGCGCCGCUUCUUUGGUUUCCUCCGCACGGAGGAGAAGGGCCUGCCCGUGGAGAGCGAGCAGAACCUGAAUCAGCUGCCCGGGGACAAGUGGGAAAAGAUCACGGGGCUGUGCCACAGCUUCCAAAACAACAAGGCUUACCCUUUCUACAGCCGGCUUCAGCAGUGGGCGAUCCAGAGCAACAAUAAGCAGGGUGACGACGUGCCCAUGAUGGACACCUGUACGUAAGCCUUGAAAUCAAACUAUAGAGGUCCGCGCUUCGCAGCUGUCAUUGUCGCGAGUGGGGUUCAGCGAGCGGCUGUGCGGAGCGCAUUUUAGUCGGGGAAUUCUGGGGGUUACUCGAUAACAGCCACCCAGAUUGUCACUUAUCAAAGUGCUAUAAAAUGCCAAAAAGGCAAAGACGACAUUUGUAUUUUGUAUUUGACUCGCAUUUCAUCUUAAUAUUGUUAAAAUUAAUUGCACAAUCACGAUGGCCUUUGAUAGGAUUUACGUAAAAAAAAUCCGCAUCUUCAGAGAGUAUUCUGUAGCGCUAAUUUAUUCAUGACCCUAGCGACAGUGUGAGAAUUUCAAAUUCCUGUGGCAGGGACCAGCCUAUUCAUAAGACAACCACUGUUGAUUGCCCGCAAAGAGAUUCUUAAUGUGUUGACCCGAGCAAAAUGAUAGACUGAGUCUACCACGACGAGGAUUUGAACUGGCAAACUUCCACUCAUUAGGCAUGCCAGGGUGAACGUACGCACGUAAAUCCAAGGCCCUCCCCACACUGCAGGGUGGAGGUGUUUUUUUUACCAUACUUCACAUCGGUCAGUGCAGGUUGGUGAUACAGGGAUCAUAGAUGUGGAUGCAUAGAAGUACAUUACAACAAUGUGAUUUACUCUACUGCCCUCUGCUGCCCACUCCAUAGCCGUGCAGCAGCCAAUAGUGCCUGUUGUGCAUGACCGUCACCCAUCCAGGCACCCAUCCAGACACUAUCCAGUCUCAAACCUGCUUAGCUUUAUUCCCUCUGAAGAAAGGGCCACGAGCCUAAAAUGUCACCUGUUGACUAUGUAACGUUUACGGCCGAAGUGUUAUUGCUGAACAUGUUGAGUCUCUUACCGCUGAGCUUGAUGAUGAGUUUGUCAUGGGCGUUGGCUAAAAUGACAACUUCCUGAUUUUAAUUAAGCGUAUCCGUGACAAUGUUGAAAAACAUUACAUUUUAAACGAGUGUUUUUAAAAUAAAACGGUUUACCGUUACAUAAAGUAGACUUAUGAAGUGUCAUGUUUUUCAACAUUGUUCUGUCCAAGUCUGUGUUGUCUUAUUUUCCAAAGUACAGUCUUGUUCUCCUAUGACGCGGUAGUAGUUGCGGUCCUGAAGAACACUGCGUUCCGGAAAAAUCGCGUUAUGAUAAAUAAUAUAAAGCACAGUCCACGAUAACACGUGAGAUGCGUACGCCGGCUGAACAAAGACUGAGGUGCGUGGGUAGCAUCUAGAAGCAUCCAGCAGCAUCCCGCUUUGUGCGACGUUAUGCCGAGGCAGCUGUACGAUCGCUUAUUCCUACUCGCGCGACGUAGUCCCAUUCGCUUGAUUGUGUUAUAUCCAAUUCGCAUACACGUUAUAAAAAAUGUGUUCCCUAAAUACAUUCAUCGCAUUAUAUCCAAUUUGCGUUAUGAAAACUGCACGUUACAAGAGAACAGACUGUACAAAUACCUCCAGAAUAAUUCAGAGGGCCAAUGCAGUUCCACUGGGCACCACUGUGACUACUUGAAACGCCAUUGCACCUCAGUGUUUUCACACGCUCGUAGAUACCACUCGUGAUUAUUCAAUAUGAAACCGCGUGGAAAAGUUUUUAGCGUGAAGGAGACGGUGACCAAAAUUGGGUUCGUGGGUAAUAGUCGUGAAAAAUUAGGCCAUUAUUUAACCGGGUGAGGCAGUAAAUCGAAGCAUGUGACCCCCAGUUACGCUAUAUUUUAAGUUCACAUAUAUAUCUCGGUUAUUUACACAAUUGAUG